AAACUGCACGUGUCUGAAAAAGAGAAAGUUAUAUUGUCAUGGUUUGUUGAUGAGAAAGUGGCAGAAAGAGCCCUGAAGCACAACGAUCUUAUAGAGGAGGAAGAUGUCGAAUGUAAGCCUGAGAGGUUGCCUGAUUCCGUUCUUGAUGAGAAUGUGGACAUUCACCUUGCCCGAAAACACUUUACAACUGAAGCUUGGAUGUUGGUUCAAGAG